UAGUAGGUGUUGAGGAAGACGAAGCGCAUAUUCAGACACUCAGAACCUUCAAUAGAAACCUCAACGACAUAAGAGCACAGCUUCCAUUCUCCAACUAUUUUCUGCAGUGAUUUCUGAACACCAAAGUUAGAAUAUGGGUGCGGAAAAUAACAUUGACAUGGAAGAGGGAACUUUGGAGAUCGGAAUGGAAUAUAGAACUGUCUCUGGAGUAGCUGGUCCUCUGGUUAUCCUUGACAAAGUCAAGGGACCCAAGUACCAAGAAAUUGUUAACAUUCGGCUUGGAGAUGGAUCAACCCGACGUGGACAAGUCUUGGAGGUUGAUGGAGACAAGGCUGUUGUUCAGGUGUUCGAAGGAACGUCUGGAAUUGACAACAAGUAUACAACUGUCCAGUUUACAGGAGAGGUCUUAAAAACACCUGUCUCAUUGGAUAUGCUUGGUCGUAUUUUUAAUGGUUCCGGGAAACCCAUUGAUAAUGGACCUCCUAUUCUUCCUGAGGCUUACUUGGAUAUAUCUGGGAGUUCUAUUAAUCCUAGUGAGAGAACCUAUCCUGAAGAAAUGAUUCAGACAGGGAUUUCAACUAUUGAUGUCAUGAACUCAAUUGCUCGAGGACAGAAAAUUCCUCUUUUUUCUGCAGCUGGUCUUCCCCAUAAUGAAAUAGCUGCUCAGAUCUGUCGUCAGGCUGGUUUGGUGAAACGAUUGGAGAAAUCUGAAGACCUACUUGGGGAUCAUGAAGAGGAUAAUUUUGCCAUUGUCUUUGCAGCUAUGGGUGUUAACAUGGAGACAGCUCAGUUCUUCAAACGUGACUUUGAGGAAAAUGGAUCCAUGGAGAGAGUGACACUUUUCCUGAACUUGGCUAAUGACCCAACAAUAGAACGCAUUAUUACUCCUCGUAUUGCUCUGACAACUGCAGAGUAUUUAGCAUAUGAAUGUGGGAAGCAUGUUCUUGUCAUAUUGACAGAUAUGAGUUCUUAUGCUGAUGCCCUGCGUGAGGUGUCUGCUGCUCGAGAGGAAGUGCCUGGAAGGCGUGGAUAUCCUGGUUACAUGUACACUGAUCUGGCAACCAUCUAUGAACGUGCCGGACGUAUUGAAGGACGAAAGGGAUCCAUUACUCAAAUUCCUAUUUUGACCAUGCCCAACGAUGAUAUUACACAUCCAACUCCAGAUCUUACAGGUUAUAUUACCGAAGGCCAGAUAUAUAUUGACAGACAACUUCAUAAUAGGCAGAUAUACCCUCCAAUCAACGUUCUGCCAUCCUUGUCUCGUCUAAUGAAGAGUGCCAUUGGUGAGGGCAUGACUCGUAGGGAUCAUUCUGAUGUGUCUAACCAGCUUUAUGCAAACUAUGCUAUUGGUAAGGAUGUUCAGGCAAUGAAAGCUGUGGUCGGAGAAGAAGCACUUUCCUCAGAAGAUCUGCUAUAUCUUGAGUUCCUUGACAAAUUCGAGAGGAAAUUUGUGACACAAGGGGCCUAUGACACACGCAACGUUUUCCAGUCGCUGGAUCUGGCAUGGACACUACUCAGGAUCUUUCCUUGGGAGCUUCUUCAUCGUAUUCCAGCAAAGACACUCGAUCAAUUCUACAGCAGGGAUGCAUCUAACUAAAGAGGAGACACAAGCUCUUGCGUUGAACCUGUUGUGGCGUGCCCUUUGUGCUAUAUUGUUUGAUGUGCAUUUCCUUUAGUGGAUUAUCUCCUCUAUCUUGUUUGAAAUAAGAGUUGCGAUCUUAGAUGAGCCCACAGAAGCCAAAGCUCUCCGGCAUUGAAAGACUUUGAUAUUCUUUUGGAAGAGAACCAGUUAGAUCCUGUAAUUUAUUUAAAUUAUUUUGUGACCCUAGAGCAUUUGGCUUGAUUAGAAGUCCAGAAACAUUUUGUGGCAGACGAUCUAUAGAGCCACUGAUAUCAUUUUCUCAAGUUCAGAAGUUAUAUGGUUUUUCAGUUGCUGGCCAA